GAACGAACGUGGACGACUGGAUCGAACGAUUACUGGCCGACUGACAGUGUUUUUACACGAGAGUCGCGCACACACGUACCGGAUCGCCUGGCGUUGAUAUGUCAUGAACAUGGCGACUUCCACGGGCGAUUCGGCAGAUGAUCGGAAUUCUUGCAAAGUAUUAAUUAUCGGUGGUGGAAUGGCUGGUCUCUCAGCCGCGAAUCAUUUAUUGAAAAAUAGCGAAAAUAAUUUCCUUAUACUCGAAGCGCGAGGACGUAUCGGUGGACGUAUCGUCGCUACACCAAUUGGUGGAGAAAAGGUGGAACUCGGAGCAAACUGGAUACACGGUGUUCUAGGAAAUCCUAUGUUUGAAUUGGCAAUGGCAAAUGGACUUAUAAAUAUAAUAAGUACUCCAAAACCUCACAAAGUAGUAGCAGCAAUGGAGGAUGGCAAGCAGCUGCCAUUUCCUAUAUUGCAAGAAAUUUAUGAAGCUUAUGUAUGCUUCUUGAGACGCUGCGAGGAAUAUUUUCUCAGUGCUUACAGUCCACCGGAUGGUAUAAAUAGUGUAGGAGAACAUGUAGCUUUUGAAGCUGAUCUCUACUUGAACUCCCUGCCCCCAGAAAAUAGAAGAAUAAGACAGUUGUUAUUUGAUUGUUUGUUAAAACGAGAGACUUGCAUUACUGGUUGUGAUAGUAUGGAGGAUGUGGAUUUAUUAGAAAUGGGCUCUUACGCAGAGCUGCAAGGUGGAAAUAUCAGUCUACCCGAUGGUUACAGUGCUAUACUCGAACCUAUAGCUAAACACAUUCCGACAGAUCGUAUACUCCUGCGACACGCAGUCACUAAAAUCAGGUGGCAAAACGUUGAAAAAAAGGAAGUUGUGCCGAAUGAUCUGGACGCUGCAAAGACUAGUAAUAACGAGGACGAUCUCAUCGAGGUAACGUGUGAAAACGGCAAAACGAUAAGAGCCGAGCAAGUAUUGUGCACACUGCCAUUGGGGGUUUUGAAGGAGAAAGCAUCUGAGAUAUUUGAGCCAUCGUUGCCGAAGUACAAACUGGAAGCUAUAAAUAGAUUGAUGUUUGGUACUGUAGAUAAGAUAUUCCUCGAGUACGAAAGACCUUUUCUUAAUCCGAGCGUCUCUGAAGUAAUGCUGCUUUGGGACGAUCGGGCAUUGAGUAACGACGAACGCAACGAUUUAAGUAAAACAUGGUUUCGGAAAAUUUAUUCGUUUACGAAAAUAUCUGAGACGCUUUUGCUCGGUUGGAUAUCGGGAAAAGCAGCUGAAUACAUGGAAAAAUUAAGUACGACCGAAGUCGCUGAAGUUUGCACGAAUAUACUACGACGAUUUCUCAACGAUCCUUUUGUACCAACGCCAAAAGGAUGUUUACGCACGUCCUGGCAUACCCAACCGUACACACGAGGUUCUUACACUGCCAUGGCCGUUGGUGCUAGUCAACUCGACAUCGAAACACUUGCUGACCCUUUGUUCAACGAGGAAAAUCCAGCCAGAAUACAAAUUGCGUUCGCCGGAGAACACACGCAUUCUUCCUUUUACAGUACAGUGCACGGGGCUUAUUUGACCGGUAGAACAGCCGCUCAAAGUUUAUUGGAUUCACGAAAGACUGAAACGCAAACGCCUCUUAGUUUGAGUUGCGAAGAUACCAGUGAUCUCAGCUCGUGGAUUCAGGGAAUAUCACUCGGCUGAAGAGCAGGAACUUUUCAGCCAACUUUUUUUCACACAAUAACACGACAACGAGCAAUUGAAAAGUAUACAGAGACCGCGAGAGAAAAGCAAGGGCGUUGAUGUCAAAGCAACAUUAUUAUUCAUUUCGUUCUAUCCAGAUUCUCGUUACUUUUGCUAAGCAACAUUUUUUUUGCACAAAUCAAGGCCUACAUUCGACGAUCCUUCAACAUGUUGCCCUAUCCAAAUUUGAACAUUAUUUUCAGGAACCUAAUGAUUACGCGUCGAGGUUGCGAGUUUGGUGGUGAAAAAAUUAUGAAGCUAUAGGAAGUACAAUAUAAGUAUUUUUGAAAACGUAGAACGAGAAUCUUGAGGAGAGAACGAUUUUGAUAAUUGGGUCAUUCAUCAUCAUCGCCCAAAUGCACAAAACUACUACAAUUUUCUAUCCGCGUAUCUUGGGAUGGCAAAAUUUUAGCGAUCGUCAUGCUUAUUUAUCAGUUUGCAAUAACUGAUAAAUUGAAACACACGCGUAUAUAUGUAGUUAUAUAUUUUGUACAUAAAGAGACUCGUCUAUUUGCUUCGCGCGAUGUGUACAUAUCGACGCCUAUUUCAUUGUAAAUCUUUAUGUACAGUGCCUAGUUUUUUCUCCUUCUUCUGAUCAACUUGUAAUAGGCUCGCUUGUGAAAAAUUCAGAGGGGAUUUACGAUUAUGCUAAUUUACAAAGUUUCUUGUGCACGAUACACAAAGACCGAGAUACGUUAUACCCGUACAAGAUAAACGUCCGUUUGCAUCGUCACAGUGAUGUUCAUCGAAUGGAAUCUAGUCGCGCAACUGCAUACCGUAUUUUAUUAUUUUAGCUAACAAACUUUUUGGAUUAUUGAUAUUUAUUUGUUAUAAACGUGAUAUGUAGUUGAAAAAAAAAAACCAAAAAGAAACGAAAGAAAAGGGAUAGAGGAGGCUUAGGUAACGCACUGUUACCGACGACACCAUGAGAAUGUGCAUUUUUAAAUGUUUAUUUAUUUAGGCAAUAAAGUACAUUGCAAUUGAUUUUCA